UUGUGUAUAACCAGAGGAAAUUGUUACAGUCAGUGCUACUCCCCUCAGUUGAAAAUAUUAGAGCGACCCGGCACAUUUCCUAACAUUAUCGCCCUCGUUGCCCUGACAUCGCCGGCGUUUAAAUGCGCCAAUAGCUCCUUUUCGAUGUUCGGUCAGUGCUUGACACGAUGCGGACCUUUAUCAGAUUAUUAUAAACGAUUACACAGGUAUAGUGCUAGCAGGUUAGCCGGUUGAAAGCACCCAGGCUGGCGUUUAUUGGGACUGCCAGUAAGACGCGCUGCUUCAUCAUUUCCUCGUUUCGCGGAUCGGGAACAAAUCCAGACGUGCCGUGUCUGGACGCGCUUAUGUUUCAGUAUUUUAAUGACGAUGGAGCUUUUUCAAGCUAAGGAUCAUUAUAUUCUCCAGAGCGGAGAUAACGCGCUGUGGUGCAGCAGGAAGGAUGGAUCUAUGACCGUGAGACCGGCAACUGACCUGCUGCAUGCCUGGAACCCUGUCUGUUUGGGCCUUGUGGAGGGAGUUAUUGGAAAAAUACAGCUUCAUGCUGAUCUUCCCCUGGGCCUGAUUCUGAUUCGCCAGAAAGCGCUGGUGGGCCUGUUGCCAGGAGACCACAAAGUGUACAAGAUCACCAAGAUAGUAGUCAUUCCACUCUCUGAGGACGAACCACAAGACCUGGAAUUAGAGCUCUGUAAAAAGCACCAUUUUGGAAUCAACAAACCAGAGAAAAUCACCCAGUCACCGGAUGAGUCCAAGUUCCUGCUGAAGACACUGAAUCAGAUCAAAUCUAAUGUUGCCGUUCCCAUCAAGAAAAAGGUCAAAGAGAAUAAAGAGAAGGAACGUCUGGAGAAGAGGCUGCUUGAUGAGCUGUAUAAGAUAUUCAUGGACUCGGAUUCAUUCUACUAUAGUCUGACCUAUGACCUUACCAAUACAGUCCAGCGACAGGGAGCGUUAGGCAAGUCAGAGCAACCCCUCUGGAAAAGGGUAGAUGAUCGAUUCUUCUGGAACAAGCACAUGGUCAAAGAUCUCAUCGACUUGCAGGUGCCUCAGGUGGACCUCUGGUUGAUUCCAGUCAUCCAAGGCUUUGUGCAGGUAGAAGAGCUGGUGGUGAAUUACAAUGAAAGCUCUGAUGAAGAGAAAAGCAGCCCAGAUACGCCUCUGCACGAACCCACCUGUGUGGAUGACAUUCACCCGCGCUUUACCGUGGCCCUUAUCUCCAGACGAAGCCGUCACCGUGCAGGAAUGCGAUACAAGAGGAGGGGGGUGGACACAGACGGACAUGUGGCCAAUUAUGUGGAGACGGAGCAGCUAAUCCACGUGCAUAGUCAUACGCUGUCAUUUGUACAGACACGAGGCUCUGUUCCUGUGUUCUGGAGCCAAGCGGGAUAUCGCUAUAACCCCAGACCGCGGAUAGAGAAAGGCGAGAAGGAAACCAUGCCUUAUUUUGCCUCUCACUUUGACCGGCAACUGGAGAUUUACAAAAAACUGGUCAUCAUUAACUUAGUCGACCAAAAUGGACGUGAGAAGAUGAUCGGUGAUACGUUUCUCAAACAAGUGCUUCUGUACAACAACCCCAACCUAACAUACGUUUCAUUUGAUUUCCAUGAACACUGUCGAGGGAUGAAGUUUGAGAAUGUUCAGACUCUCACCGAUGCUAUCUCUGAUAUCAUCACUGACAUGAGAUGGGCCUGGGUGGACCAAGCAGGAGUCAUCUGCCAACAGGAGGGCAUCUUCCGGGUUAACUGCAUGGAUUGCCUGGACAGAACUAACGUGGUACAGGCUGCAAUCGCCCGUGUCGUCAUGGAACAGCAGCUGAAAAAACUGGGUGUAAUGCCACCCGAGCAGCCGCUGCCCCUCAAGUGUUACAGGAUCUAUCAGAUGAUGUGGGCCAACAAUGGAGACACCAUUAGCCGUCAGUACGCUGGCACAGCUGCCCUGAAGGGAGAUUUCACACGGACAGGAGAGCGAAAGUUAGCGGGCGUGAUGAAGGAUGGUGUGAACUCAGCUAAUCGGUACUAUCUGAACCGCUUCAGAGACGCCUACCGGCAGGCCGUCAUUGACCUCAUGAUGGGCCUUCCAGUAACAGAAGACCUGUAUUCCAUCUUCAGCAAAGAGAAGGAACAUGAGGAGAAAGAAAAGGAGAGUCAAAGAGGAGCUCAGGAGCAGGUCAGCCUCCUGCUGCAAACAUACAUGCAGCUGCUGUUGCCUGAAGAUGAGAAGUUUCAUGGCGGUUGGGCCCUGAUUGACUGCGAUCCAAGUCUCAUAGACGCCACGCAUAAAGAUGUUGACGUUCUUCUGCUGCUGUCCAACUGUGCAUAUUAUGUAGCCUACUACGAUGAGGAAGCAGACAAAGUCAACCAGUACCAGAGACUCAACUUAGAAGGUCUCGAAAAGAUUGAAAUUGGUCCAGAACCAACACUGUUUGGUAAACCUAAAUACUGCUGCAUGCGUCUGCAUUAUAUGAACGGUGAGGUAAGCGGUUACUUCCACACGCUGAGAGCUGUCACACGGAAUCCAGAGGAUGAUGGGAAAGACACACUCCAGUGCAUAGCUGAAAUGCUUCUUAUUACAAAGCAAGCAAUGGGACUCGACGUCCAGGUUGUUGAAAAGAAACUGGAGAGGAGGCACAGUAAACCUCAUGAGGAUAUAAUGGGAAUUCAAGGCAAAGCUGUGGAUCAAGUCCUCGGAUCUGGUUUGGCUCAGGGCAAAAGUUUCCUCAUGAACAAGUUCUCAACACUAAACCAGAAAGUGAAGCAGACGAAGACUAACGUCAACAUUGGAAACUUCAAGCCGUUGGGAAGACUAGGGACCUUUUCAAAGCCAGAGGUCAAGGUGAACUUCUUGAAGCCCACCUUGCAUGUGAACCUUUGGAAAUCUGACAGCAGUUUGGAGACUUCUGACGUCAAAGCUGGUUCGGGAGCCCGUAAAGAUGCGCAUUCUGAAGAAAUGUCCUCAGAUUCGGAUUCCUACAACUCGGACGAGCAGCCGUGCACGGGCUCUCGGGAGAACGUAGACUAUGUGCUUCCUAGCUGUGGAAUCGUAGUAUCUGCACCACGCCUUUCCAGUCGCUCGCAGUCUAUUAGCAGCGUUGAGAUUGCGUUGCCCUCCAUCAUCCGAGUCACGGGCUGCGAUAACAAAACUGCAGAUACCUUGUCGGUUGGACUAUAUGACUCUCCUGGUGCGGCCUCUGAAGCAGAGGAGGCCAUUCUGAUUGACUUUGGGACACCCAUUGAUGCCUACUGCCACCAGUUUGUCCAGGAUGCAAAGACCAAACCAAUAGAGGUGUUUGAGGAUGUGGCCCAACCACCCAAACCACAAGAACCUCAAGGCACCAAAGCCCCAGCUCCAGAUGCAAAACUCGGUUCUUCGCUUUCCCAACAGCAGCUCCAUCGGCCUUCUCAGCUUGAGGUGGAUCCUUCGUUCUCCGGAGGAAAUCUUCUGACAGUCCAGCCUUCAGGUUCUGCAACGUCAUGCGGGUCACAAAAGAGUCUUGAAGGCAAUACAGGAGCCUCCCCGGCAGACGCUAAUGGAAGCCGCGUCGUGUCACCCUUCGCUAAGAUCAAGAGCUCUAUGGUUCAGGUGGCUAGUUUGACCCAGGCCGGACUUACCCAAGGCAUUAAUUUUGCCGUGGCGAAAGUACAGAAAAGCCCAGAGCCGGAAGCUGUCAACGAGACUCAAGAAAAUGAAUUGCGAGCGAUGUUUACACAGUGCCAGACCAGGAUCAUUCAGAUAUAA